AUGGAUUUCAUUAUGGAGACCGUUUCAAAUGCAUUUUCCACUUUACCCGAGGGUAACCUUCCCAAGUGGCUGCUGUUCACUUCUGCUCUCGGUAUCUUUAAUUCUAUCCAGAACUAUUGCACUGAUUCAUUGACCAAACGUGUUUACUCUGGAACACCCGAGUUGGUUACUCCAAUGACUGGUCGUAUGUUUGCUACCUGGACCUGGUCUGUAAGCAUGAUCCGUAUUUAUGCUGCUUUCCACCUCGAACACCGUUUUAUGUACGAGCUCGGUAUCUGGACCUAUGUGAUUGCCUUAACCCAUUACAUGAGUGAACUCCUCAUCUUUAAGGGAUGCAAGAUUAGUGUUCCUUUUAUGUCUCCAUUUGUUGUUGCGGUGUCAUCGCUUAUUUGGUUGGCAAGUUCGUAUGAUUACUAUGUAAAAUAUUAG